CUCCUGCUCGCUGUGUGCUGCGUUGAUCCGAAUUUUCAAAAUCUAUUGAAAUCAAUUAUUUUGGUUUUUUUCUGUUGUUUUUUGUAAUUUGUUUGGAAAGAGCACUACUAGAGGAAUAUAGGAAUAUUCUAUUUGGUAUAAUUGGCACGUGCUAAGGGUUGUAAAUUCCAUGCAAGGAUUGUAAAGUUUUUUCACCCCAACAAUAAUACGCGAGUGAUGGCAUUUGAGGGUUAAGGGGAUUCACGAAGUAACGGGUUCGUUUUGAUUGAAACAGUGCGAUAAAAAUUCAACGAUAAUGUUUUAAAAUAGAAAACAAAAGGAAAAAAUAUUUCAAUUGAAAAUAAAGUGCCAUCAGUGAUAAUUUUAAUGGUGAAAAUGAAAAUCAAGAAAAUGAGAAAUUAUUAUGUUGAGUAUUUGUUAUUGAUGCUGAUAAUUUGUGGAUUAUAUUUGACAGCUGAUGCAGCGAGACAAAAUCCACUAAAAAAUCCAAAAAUCUGUGGCCGUCCUAUAUGUGAGCCAACAACAUCAAAAUUUGACUACACCGAUUCGAAACGAUAUAAAUACGAUUACAGUGUCCAUUUGCGAACAGAAUUCGCCGGAACCGGACAAAAUACCUCUGACAUUUUAAUACAAACAACAGUUGAUCUAAUCUUCCCCAAACCAUGUGAAGGUGUUAUGACCUUGAGUGCAGUACAACUACGUGAUAAAAUCGAAAAACCAGAGGAACAAAAACAAGAUGUCACAACUGCAAGUCCAACAUUUGUGGACUACUAUGAUUAUAAUCUCGAAACAAGUUCCGAAGAUAAUACAUUUGCGGAUGUUAAUUUGCACCCGAAUAGCACAGAUUUGGCGGUUGAUUUGCAGAAAUAUAAUUUGAGAUUUUCAUUUCAAGAUGGUUUAAUAAGUGAAGUUUGUCCAAAUGUUGCCGAACCGGCAUGGGUAUUGAAUUUCAAGAAGGGUAUUUUAUCGAAGAUUCAAAAUACAAUGAUGCGAUUCGAUGUUGAUUUCAAUACCGUUGAAACGGAUGUAUCGGGGCGUUGCAAUGUCGCCUAUUCAUGGGAAGGAACUAAAGAGGCUUUUGUGUUGAUAAAAAAAACAAAAGAUAUUCAAUCCUGCCGAUUUAGACAGUCGACACAGUCGAUUUUGCAAACAACACCGUAUGUUUUUAGAGAAGAUAAAGCGAUUUGGCCUAUUUUGGACUCACACAGUUAUUGUAAUAUCACCAUCGAUCAAAGUAUAUACAGCGAGAUAAGUUGCUUUGAACGUCACCAACUUAUACCAUUCUCAAAUAACCAAUCAGGAGCUGUUACUGAAGCCCAUUCAAAACUUGUACUAAAAAGUGACGAGAAAUACAAUUCUGGUGAUUUCUUUACAUAUGAAGAUGAAAUACUCAUUGAGAAACGUUCGUUGCUUCUCUUUGAUCAUACACCUGCCGUAAAACCAACACAUGGUGAGAUAAGAGCUUCAAGAGAACUACUAAAGCAGAUGUGUAAUGUUGGCUUCCCCAAUAUUCAAAGAGAAUUCAUUGAUGUUUUCACGAAGUUUCUACAAACAACCCAGCAUUUGGACUAUAAAGCCUUGACACAACUUCUAGCUAGAUCAGCUGGAAUAUGUAGCAAUGGAAAAAACCAUGUGCUCGAAAGUCUACCAUAUAUUGGAAGUACAGCAUCAUAUCAGCUGAUGCGUGACCAAAUUAUUUCCAAUACCAUUCCCAAGCCCCUUGCUCAGAGCUGGAUGUCUUCAUUGGCCUUCAUUCAGCGACCUGAUGAAGAAAGUCUUGAGACUUUCUAUACGAUUCUUGAAUUUUCCAAGAAAAAAGUAGAUGCUGAGUACACUUUAGCAUCAACAGCGGCUGUUCAUAGCUUUUGUAGACAUAAUCCUGACUGUGGUUCAAAUGAGAAAAUCAAAAAAAUUAUCAAUCUUCUUGAAACGGAGUUUUUGAGCCUUUUCAAUAUGUACAAGCACGAAAGGCGCACACACGAUCGACUUAUGGUUAUUUUGAAGGGUCUUGGAAAUAUUGGAGUAUUGUCGGAGACUUUUGGUGAACAGCUGAAGGAACUGAUCACGGAAGAUAUGACACCAGUUGAUAUUCGGCUGCAGAGCGUAUUGGCUUUUCGACGAGUUGAUUGUCAAAAAUAUAAGGAAUUCUUCUUGCAAACCUAUGGAAAUUCAACGAUCAAUACUGAAAUUCGAAUUUUCAGUUAUAUUCAAGCUAUGCGAUGUCCUGAUCAUUAUUCUAUUGAUUUGAUCAAAGAUGUUCUGCGUCGGGAAGAAAUCAAUCAAGUUGGAUCAUAUGUUUGGUCUCAUUUAACCAAUUUAGCCAAGUCCUCGUCCCCAGUUCGAGUGGAAGCUCAAGGUCUGUUGAUCAGUGAUGAUUUAGCUGAUAAAUUCAAAAUGGAUAUUCGGAAAUUCUCGAGGAACUACGAGCAUAGUUUGUUUUUCGAUGAAUUUAAUUUCGGAUCUUCGACUGAUGCUAAUUUGGUAUUCGGGACUGAGUCUUAUCUUCCACGUAUGGCUACGUUGAAUUUCACUGCUGAUCUUUUUGGACAAUCCGUGAAUUUCUUUGAAAUUUCUGCACGAGCUGAAGGUUUUGAAGAAUUAGCAACAGCAAUAUUUGGACCCAAGGGACCAUACAAUAAAGAUUUUCUUCGAAAGAAGUUUAGCUUCCUGACAACUUGGCUUGGAGAGAACACAGCUUUCAAUGAAGAUUCCAUUGACAAUUUACUAGCUUUUGACCCGUUGAGGAUAAAACGCGAUACCAAUGAGUUGAAUGACAACGAUGACUAUGAAUUCGAAGAAGACGAAAGCAGCAGUAGUCGCAGACGUCGAAGUGUCAAUCCACCAAGCGAAACCGAAACUAUUCAUAAGAACAUCGACAAUUUGGGCUACAAGCUUAAGUACAACUACAACAAUCCUAAAGCCACUUUGGGCCUUCGAAUAUUUGGCAAUGAUCUUCAAUUUUAUUCAAUGGAGGGUCUAGUUGAAGUGAUGGCUUUGGCCAAAGAGUUUGAUCCAUUCCAUCAAGCUGAGAAAAUUUUAUCAGGAAAUGAAUUGAAGUACACAAAAUCAAGUGUGUUUCUAGAUGCUUCGUACAACAUUCCCACUGACAUUGGCCUUCCUCUAUCAAUUCAUGCAUUUGGUGCUUCAUCCGUUGACUUAAGGCUCUCGGGAAGCUUGGAACGUUUGAGGGAUUCUUUAGACUACAAGAGUUUUGACUUCAAUGGUAAACUCAAGCCAAGUGUGUCGGUUGAUGUCAUAACUACAUUGCAAACUGAUGCUUUUUAUGCGCAAUCUGGUAUACGGGUCAAAAGUAAUCUCUACUCAAGCUCAGCUUUGGAAGCAAAGAUGAAAAUUCGUGGAGCUAAUUUGGUUUCAUUUACAUUUAGUUUGCCUCAGGACAAAAAUGAAAUUUUCAGUGCAAGGUCAGAAAUGAUUGUUUUGGCUGAAUCCGAAGAGAUUCCUCAAACAGGUAUCGACCAGAGACGUUCGAACAAAACUUGCACCUGGCCAGUUCUUGACCAGGCAGUAGGUUUGAAAGUGUGUUCGUCAUUUAGUGUACCGGAUUUGGUGAAUUACAACAAUGAGACAUCUCAUCCUGGUCUCUUGUUGAGUGGACCAAUGAAUAUCAGUUGGAUUCUAGAGAAAUCUGAUAUAAGUGCUAAAGAUUUUGUUUUCGAAUAUAAAUGGGCUCAAAUUAAGAACGAUUCAAAAUGGUCUAUCAUAUUCACCACACCAGAUUCUACCAUAGUUCGACUUCUUAUGGCGAAUGUCUCAACAACUCCUUCUAUGGCUAACGUAUCAAUGCGCUUUAUUAAUGGAGCUCAAACCUACUCAGCCGGAGGAGUUUACAAUGGAAAUCCAGAUGAUCGUAGGCUUGACAUUUGGAUCGAUACGAAUGGAAAGAAAAAUUUAGAUUUCAAUGCAGAAUUAAAAAGGUCGCAAGAAAGAAAUGCAUGGAUUUAUAAACCUAAGGCUCUGUUGGCUGUAAAUGGAGAUAAUAUAACGGGAUUAAUUGGAACAAUUAGGAUAAAUGAAAAGAAUGGCAUUUCGCAGAAUGAUAUUGAGUUGACUUUUGAAACGAAAAAAUUACAAGCCCUGAUUCGGGGGAAUGUGGUGAAAACUGAAAUUAAUACUACCACCAAUUUGACAGUUCAUUAUAGGUUUGAGUCGAAAAAAAUUGAAACAGUAAACUUGGAGGCAAAACUUACUAACACUGGAGACAAAUCUAAAACCGAAUAUAAUGGCAACAUAAAACUCAGGACAUCUGCCCAUCCCAAGUUAAAUUUUGCCUCAAAUGCCACAUGGCUCUCACUGAAAGGUCAUACCGAGGGUGUUGUUACCUACAAUAAUAACCCCGAUGCCAUUAAUCCGAACCAAACAAGUCAGCUUCGCCUCAUUUUUGCCCGGUCUUUUUCCGAAGAAUAUGGAUGGGAAGGUUCGAGAACUAAGGCCUCUGUGGAACUUCUUAUGCCAAAAUCCAAUAUUGAUUUCCGUGUUUUAGUUAAGCACGAAGAACGCAGUAAAAAUGGAACUGAACAUAAUGUUAUAAUUGGACUUCGCUAUGCUAAACAAAAAGAAGCAACCGCAGUUUUUUCAGCUCAUUUCCCGCGAAGAAAUCUAUUUGCGGUUGAUGCUUAUAUGAACCUUACGGUUCCAGAAUUUAAUUCUUGUACUGUUCGUUUGCAACUUAAUGAGAGACUCAAAGAAGAUUAUAUGAUAAACUUUAACGGUACUUGGUUUUCGGGGCACUCCAUUUCAAUCAAAGGUAAUUACAAGGACAAAAGUUCAGUCCUUCAGGUUUUACACCAUCUUAAAUUACUUGUGGAGAGUCCAUCUUUUGAAGUGACUUCAUUCAAUAUGAUCUUCCGACGUAGUCAACUCUUAGUUUUUGCUGAUUUACAAGCCAAAUACAAUAAGGACCCUUACGGAUUGACAUUACGGUAUAAUCGUAAUGAAAAUCAAACCAAUUCAAAUGCUGAAGUGAAAUUGAAAGUCAAAGAUCGAGAUUAUGGAAUAGCUGCUAAGUUGCUCUCACAGCAACCUAAGCUUCUGCAGAUAGAGAUACAUCUGGACAAGCUUCGUGACCUGCAUCUGAGAUUGGGAGUUUUGACAAUUCCGAAGAAGAAAGAACUUUCAGUUGAACUUAAAUGGGACGCCAAUAGAGAUCCAUCUCAGCGAUUGGCUUUGAAUGCGGAGUACAAUAAUCCUUCUGAUAGAACUUACGAUUCUACAAUAAUGUUCACUUAUCCUGAUCGAACUUUCAGCUGUGGAUUCAACGUUUUUGCUGGUGGACCAGAGUAUUAUGGUUCAGCGAGAGCAACUUGGGGAACUAACGAAGCCAUACUAUUCAAAUAUGACGCAGGAUUCCUGUCGGGGGAAGAAUUCAAUAACUGGGUUCGAGCUGAGUUAACAACACCUUUCCAUGGAUGGCACAAGAAUAACCUUCAGGCCGGCAUUUUCAAUCGAAAUAACCUUUAUGCGGGAAAUGCUUCAAUUCUCUGGGCAGAAAAUCAAAAACUUCAAAUCGGUUAUGAAAGUAACUAUGAAGUUCACGAGCCUCUUCUAAGUUUCCACGUGGACUUGGGUAUUAAUAGCACAAUCAAGGACAUUCCAACAAUACUCCUGAAACUUAAGCACCGACAGGACUUAAGGAAAUUCGACUCUGAGUUUGCUCUGCGACACACUGGUCUCAAUGACACUUUAAAAGUCUACAGUGUCAAGUCUGCUUGGGAAUUCAUAAAAGAUGAUGGCUAUAAAAAUGUCAGUGGUUCAGUUCUUAUGGUGAGUCCAUUUAAUGGCUACCGCAAAGGUGGACUUGUAACAAGGCUAAGCUUGAGUGACGACCGUCAAGUCCAAGGAGUAGCUUCGCUAAACUUUGAUAUAAGGGAAUUCACUUUGGCGUUGGAUGGUUAUGUCCGGAAAUUCACCGAUUGCAUGCUGGAAGUCAAUAUAACAACACCUUUGGAAAAAUUCCGAACCAUCAACGGUCGAUUUGGUCUAAGUGAAAAGAAUCGGCAUGCAGUUGCUCUAGUCCGUUCAGCUAAAUUAGCCUUAGGUGCGGAAGUUCUAUUGGUUGUCAAUGCGUUUUCAGAUUUCGAUGUAAAACUUAGCCUGGCAACACCGUUCGAAAACCUAAAUCAAGUAAGCUUCAUUGGAAAAGUUAAACCAAUAACCGUUGAUCUUCGUGGAACUUUAAAUAACGCUACGUUAGGAUUCACCGGUGUCUGGAGAUUCUAUAAUGCCACAGAUUUUGAAUACUCAUACCAAGUCUAUACUCCAUUCCCAGACUUCGAACACAAUGGUCUUGUGCUAAAAAUUAUCAAAACAGACAUUGUAUUUGUAAUGGAAGUUCAUGGAAAGCUUUCAAAACAUAAACUCGGCAUUAAGGUCAAUGGAAGACCGAAAUCAAAGCUACUUACAUUGAUAAGUCCAAAUAAGUUGGAUCUUGAACUGUUCUACGACGAAGACUUACAACCACCAGAAGCAACUAGUGGCGAAGAUGAUGGGGAAGAUGAUUAUGAUUUGAGUGAAUAUUUCUCGUAUUUCGUCGAAGGCGAACUUGACACCUUGACAUGGCCAACAAUAAACGGUCAAAUAGAUAUUCAAGAGAUCUAUGAUUACUUCAUCAUUGUUGGUGAUGCUCAACUUCCUGCUGGACGGGUAGAUUUUAAAGACCGUCUAUAUUAUCCCGAUAUGAUGAAUGUAAAGAAUAUUUUGAAUCUCUGGACUCCAUUCGAAUCCUGCCGAAAUUUGAAGAACAUCUUCGAAUAUCAUGUUGAUUUGGACCGAUAUUUCGUGGAGAGAAUAGAUUUCACCAUCGACAAUGGAAAUUCAACUCCAAUAGAAUUUGGUGCCAUGGUAAAUUAUACGAAGGUAUUGGAAGACAAAGUUGCCAAGCAACAUGAAAUGACUUUGAGAGUUAGGACACCAUAUGAAAUUUUGAAAGAAAUUCAAGUUGAAGCUGUAUUAGAGCUGGAUGAUAAUAUUCAAAGGGGAAAUAUAACAUCGAAAACUGCUAGCACAACUCUCUCAGUAGCUGCAUCUGUCGAGGUUGAGGAAAACUUCCUGGAGAGUUCUGUGGGCUUCAUUUUAGAUACUGAUGUAGUUCCCUACUAUGGCUGGAGAGCUUAUGUGAAGAAAGACUUUUCUGAUAUUGACAAUUCCUUGGAUCUUCAGCUUGAAGUAAAUGAUAAUGGAACUGUGGACAUGCUUGAAAUGGAGACAUCAUGGCGUCUUGACAAAGCUUAUAUUAUUAAUGCAAAGAGUAAAAUUCAAACAAGUAUGCUGCCCCUGAAGUUAGCUGAAAGCUCUAUACUCCUCACAAAAGCUCCAAAUCCUAAUUUCAAUGUUGACUUUGCUAUGGUUCAUCGUGAUGGUCAUCGAGUUGAAUACGGAUCGAGAGCUAGUAAAAAGAAAGACAUCAUCAACAUUGAAAUUUGGACACCUAUGAAGCACUACCGAAAUGUAUCACUCAUUGGAACUUUUGUUCGUAAUCAAGCUAAAUCCAAUGAAUAUCUGGUAAAUGGUCAUUUGUAUCGAAAUAUGGCUGUUUUUAUAGUUAGUGGAACGGUCAAAAUGGCAGAGAGCUAUCCGUCGCAGGCAAGACUUCGAGUUCAGCCGAAGGCUGGCGGGCCUGAUGGAUUCAUUGAGUUAGAUGUCAAAAACGAUGAUGAUAAACAAGGAAAAAGCCUCCAAUUCAGUGCAAUUGAAAAUGGUAAAAUGUGUCAAAUUUCCGGAGGUUAUACCUUCAGAAAUAAAUUCGAUUGGGACUUUGACGCAUUGAUUCAGUCUAGUGAGCCAGAAAUUUCUAGAAUAAGUCUUAACGCCAAAAUUCAACCUAAGAGCCAAGGAUUCUUUAUCGGAGAAGUGGGUUUCCAAACUCCAUGGAGACAAUUAGGUCUGGAAAGUGGUAGUUUCCAAACAAGCGUCAAUGUUCAAAAAGACUCUGGUGAAAUCGAAGCACAAUACAAAAUUGGACAGUUAAAUGUACGAAAAGCUUGCUCUUGGUCUUGGAUUUUAGCUGAAAAUAUGCAACUUAAUUUGAAAAGUUCAAUCGCCAAUGGAAUAACCCCGCCCCGCAAUGCAGAAACAAGUAUCAAAUAUCUAAAUCCGAAUAAAAGCUUUCAAAGACUUCUGACUGGUGGCAAAAUUAACGUGGAUUCUGAAUGGAUUCUCGAUGUUAAUGGAACAUUGAAUUCGCUCUCUCGACGAGAUAUUCAAGCUGGACUUGUUUUGCAACUUCCUAAACCUGUAGGCGAUACCCAUCAAUUAGGUGUACGCUAUCGUGGUAAUUUCAUGACACAUGAACCACCAAAUAUAUUUGCCGAAAGUAAAUAUGAGUCGCAAGAAGCUAAGAAUAAAUUCGUCACUCGAGUUUCAUAUAGAAAUGCUGAUGACCUUCAAGGGUUGGGCAGAGUUCAAUGGGGAAAGGUGUCAAAUUUGUCAACAAUUGAAGGCGAUUUCCAGGUAUUGCGGAAGAAACAAGUUAGGAAGGAGUUUUAUGCAAAACUGACUACGCCAUUGUAUGAAGAAGAAACAAUGUUUGUUAGAGGAAACUACGAUGAGGAAAAUGAUUUCCAUAUGUUGAUGUGUACUCUAGAUUCGCCAGCAUCUAAACGACUUGGAGAAAUCGAUAUGGCUUUCAACACCCUUUCUAACAUGAAGGGAUACUUAAAUGGAACAUUGCCCUUCUUUAACAUAACAUGGCUUCGAACGGACAUUAAUUUCACCACAGCUGGAGGGGAAUCAAUACGAUACGCCAAAGCUACUUGGCCUGAAGACUCAGGCUUCUUCAACUUACACAGCACCUAUACGUCACAGAAUCUCAAUCGAGAUCUGCAAGGCACAAUUCAGGUUGAAUUACCCCUAACUACCCGCCAUCAAGGUAACGUUGAAUUCAGCAUGAAGGAACGUGAGCUUUUACACAUUGGUCAAGCAAAUGUCAUAUACAACGAUAAGAAUGUCCUAAAUGGGCGUUAUAACUGCAAGACCGAACAACGUAUGGGUUUCGAAAAAGAUGUCAUCGAUAUAAGCCUUGAAAAUGAACUCAAACCAUUGGGUAUUCAUUAUGUCCAUGCAAAACAGUACACUAAUGCUGAAUUCCCAGAUAAUGAUAUGAAACAUUGUGAAAUUUUCGAACUUCGAAAUUCGAAAGCUAUGAAUCUUACCGGAGAAUUACAUAUUCGAUCAACCGAUACUGGUCAAGAAUUCAAAGUUGUUGCAAUUCAUCCGAAUCGAACAAUUAUUUUGAAUUCAGAAUAUGAUUAUUUGGACAUGUUGACCAAACACAAAUCAAAGCUUCAAUUGGCUCCAACUGCAUGGAUUGGGUACAACGUUGAGUUAGGAAACUCUAGCACGGCUUCAAAUGAAUCACAAAACUUCUUGCUGGAACUUUCAUAUCCUAGACGAAAUCUAUCAGCUGAGGGCUGGUACUAUGUGACAGAAGACAAGUUUGAUUCAGAUUUAUCCCUGAAAUGGACAAUAGACCAAUCUCAAGAGAAGAAAACAGUUAGAACAGGACUUUUGUGGCAAAGUGAAGCACUACAGCGAGGUGACAAAGACAAGCAAAGUGUUGUUUUCACAAUUGGUCAUCCCUACCUUGAGAAGGACGUCCAAUUUAAAGGAUCUCUUUAUCGUGGAAUAGAAGACUUGAUAAGGGCAUCUUUAAUAGUUGACUAUUCUGAAGAUCCUGAACAUUUGUUGACGAUUAAUGCCCUUCUAAAAGAUCUCGGCACAAGUCAUGGAAUCACGAACUAUACAUUAGAUUUUGUUGUUCUUCAUCCAGCAAGUACUUUGAAUGUUGAUGUCCAUGGAAUGCUUUUGGCAAAAAGUUCUUACUAUAAGGCCGAUACCAAUGCAUUCUAUCGUCGAGGGUAUUUCCCCGAAAAGAAGGGACGAUUUUUAGCUAAACUCGAUAUGAACAACAAAGAAUUCGAAUAUGAGCGGAACACACCUUAUCGAGCAAUUCGGCUGUGGGUACUUCCCUAUGGAAAAUAUCCUUUAUAUGGAUUAAAUGCAACUGUUUGGGAGUCUCCGGAUUUGAAUAAUACUGGAUAUGUUUAUGUUGAUUUGGCAAAGAAAUACGCUCGGGCUGAAUUUAAUUUGACAGAAGACUCAAGUCAAAAUCUUCAAAUGAUUGGACAUAUUCCAGAUGCCAGAAAUGGAUUCUUAGAUAUUUGGCGGAAUUAUGAGGAAAUAAGAAUAAUUGAUGUAACUUCGUAUUAUAAGAUGAACCAUUCAAGGCUAAUAACUGGCAAAUUCCAUUGGAGGCCUAAGAUAAAGGAUGAGUUGAAGGCAAAAUGGAAAUCAAUUGGAACUUCAUUCUAUACAUCAUUUUCGGAUGGAAUUGAUUUUUGGAUCAAAAAUAUGUACACUGAAACUUCAGAAACUAUUAACGACGUCUGGAGUACAGCUAGUAUUCAUACUCAAUCAUUUUUAGAUGAUGUUGGAGAGCUGACUAUUUUAGAGCAGGAUUUGGAAGAACUUCGUAUCUUUGUAAAUCAAUCAUAUGAAGCCAAUGACUUUUACAUCAAGACUGUCGUCAAUUUUACGCUCUCCGUACUAGAUGAAUUGGCAAUAAGAGAUCACAUUCAGUCUCUGCCAAAGAUAUUUACAGAACUGUGGCAUGCUAUGGGUGAUUCUGGAAAAGCUCUGCGGAAGAAUAUUGUGUGGCUCAUCGAAACGAUCAAGAGCUCCUAUCAAAAAGCCCUUGAAGCCAUCAAUAAGUUCUUCCACGGUGACUACCUACGUUAUCUUUCAAAUCUUAUGGAAAAAGGUGUCGAAAAAUAUGACAAAUUCAUAAAAGACCUUCACAUAUCGUUUAUAAAAUAUGUCGAGAACUUAUGGAAUAACUUUUCAACCACAAUGUCAAACUACUGGAAAACUGUACUAAAACGUAUCGAACCACAUGUCUUCCGGUUUCUAUCGUACAUUGAAACAGUCGCUUGGGAUAUUAGCAAGGAAGUUUUCGACUUUAUUUACAAACGAACAAAUGAACUUGCUGAAUCGCCAUAUUUCAACAAAGUCUCCAGUUUCACACAAGACGUGGAUCGUCUGUAUAAAGACAUCAAGUCGAAUGAUGCCAUUACAAACAUCAAAAAAUAUUCAGUUAUCGCUUGGAACUUUGUCAAGGAGAAGUACUUCAAACUUGUACCCUUUGGUAAUGAAUUAAAUGAAGUUAUCACAGAAAUAUGGAACAAAAUCAAGGAACUUCAAAAAUUGGAACACAUCAAAUUGGUAUUGCAGAAAAUUGAUGAAAUCGGUGCCAAGAUCGAAUGGUUAGCUGAUGAGUUGCAAAUUGAGUACCGUCUGCAUCAACUAUACGCCCUGCUUCGUAAUAAGUUCCAAACUUAUGCCAUGAAUGCACUCGAAACAUCUGACAUGUAUCGUGAGGCGAAGACUAAAUUUAUCUUUGAUCCUGAGGAGGGCGUUAUUGAUUUGGAACAAAAAUUACCAAUGUCUUGGCAUAGUUUCAAUGAGACACCGAAAUUUGAAGAAAUUCCUGAGUAUAGAGCGCUGGCUAAGGCACAAAAUUUCUUUGCAAGUACGAAUGCUUCGAUUGUAAGGUAUCUUUAUGGUUUAAAGUCGAAUCUGGAUCCAGAUACGUGGCUGCCACCGUAUAAAGAGAGAUCUCUGUUGAUUGGUUCCCGUCAUUAUAUGACUUUCGAUAAAAGCUUUGUAGGACUAAAUUUGGAAUGCGAUGAAAGGGAUCAGCAAUGUUCAUACAUCCUUGCACAUGACUUCUUCCAACGAAACUUUACCCUUCUUUUAGAACCAUCUUCGGCGGCAUCUUCAAGAGUCCCAACAAAGAAGCUUACUCUAUUGACGGAUGAUAAAGUCAUUGUUAUCAAUUUGGAGGAGGAUACUUUGAUAAUAGAUGGCAAUCAUUCACCAAUGCUUCCUCUACAUUUUGGCUCUGUUACCAUCUACCGUGAAAUGGACAUUCUUACAAUUCAAUCGAAAAAAGAUUUCACACUAAGUUGUAAUAUUCAAUUUAAUCUCUGUUGCUUUGAAGUUGCAGGCUGGUAUUUCGGUCAAACAGCAGGCCUGCUAGGAACUCUUAAUAAUGAGCCAUUUGAUGAAUAUAUGACAUCAAGCAAUCUCGUGGUCAAAGAUACAGACGAAUUCACUGAUUCAUGGAGUUUGAAAUCCUGCAAGCAACGAAAAACUCAUGAAAAAAUUCAGCCUUCGAAAGAAGUGAGGGAGGCUUGUGAAAAUAUUUUCACAUCAGGAAUAUUUGCCGCUUGUUCGGAGACAAUAAAUCCCUUGCCAUUUAUGGAAAUGUGUCUUGACUUGGGGUCAACUUCGAAUUCCAUGAGAGACAAUAAUCCAGCAAUGAAGGGGGUUUGUACAGCGGCGCUGGCUUAUAUCGAAGCUUGCGCCAAUUCGAAGAUUCUUAUGAGAAUUCCCGAUCAGUGUGUAUUCUGUAAGCUUCUGAAUGGAACGUAUGUCCCCGAGGGAACAUUCAUCACUCUUAAUAAGGAAGACAUUCCCAAGACAGCUGAUGUUGUCUUUAUUGUAGAAGCCAAACCCUGCAAUACUAAUUUGACAGUUGAAAAGAAUCUUAUGACAGUUGUGGCAUCAUUGGAAGCUGAACUCGCGGCUGCAAAAAUAAGCAAUAACAGAUUUUCCGUCCUUGCUUUUGGAGGUUAUGAGCCAUUUAACUCUCCACGUUCCAUAAUCCAUCAUAAUAAUGUGUUCACUUCGGAUAUAAAUGAACUACAAAAAUACUUCGAUCAUAUUGAAGUUGGAAAUGGCAAUAAUAGUGAUAUUUUACAAGCAAUCAGUGUUGCCACUCACCUUGAGUUCCGACCAGGUGCAUCAAAGAUCCUUAUUCUACUCUCUUGUUCCGAUUGUUCUUCGAAUGCAAUGAAGUUUGAUUUUACUUCAAUCCUGCAAUACAUGCUUGAAGAAGGUGUCAAUCUUCAUAUACUUGCCGAUACUGGAUUUGAGUUUGAAAAAAUGCACAAAGUUCGACAUUUCUUCGGUUUGGAUCGUGAUUUCGUCUAUACAAAACGAUUUAUGGAUGGAGACGCGGCAACAAGAAAACAACUUCAUAUUCCCAAGGAUUAUCUAGGACUGUGCGCUCCAUUGGCCUUGGAGACGAAUGGUUCAGUUUUUACAGCUCGAAAACUCCAACCUGAACAUAGAUAUCCAAUAAAGAAAGUUGCUAGUAUAUUCGCGAAGCGAGUGGCAAAAACAGCAGCACCAAUCAAUUGCCAGCAGUGUGAAUGUACAGGACAUAAUACUGGAGUAGCGCAUGUAGUAUGUGUACCAUGUUCCCUGCCAACGCAUUCAACAAUAGAGGAUUAUGAUUUUCAAUUAAAUUGGGAUUGGGAUGACGAAAAACUCGAUGAAGAGAUCUAAAAUGACUAUUUAAAUUACAAAUAUUGAGAUUUAUAUUUUAAGAUUAAGUGUGAUGAUGAAGAUGUGAAUAUAUAGUUUUGUGAAAUAUAAAAUUACUGAUUUUUUGUACCUUUUUUAAUAAAUAAUAAAUAAAGAACAAACAAUUAUUUUGUAA